AUGACUAUUUUCAAUGCAGCCACAUCCCACUGGAAGGACGAUCAACAAUAUUCCGAUGAUGGCAAUGAUAGUAGUGUCGACAGAGACAAACAUGAUUCAAAAACAGAUGAAAGUAAAGAUAUAGACACAAAACUAACAUUGAGCGAUAUUGAUUCUAAAGUUGGAAUUAUGAAUACUAAUAAUCGUUUCACAUUAUCGUCACCGUUUUUAAAUAAUUCAUCAUCGUUUUCUACUACCGAACGAUCAUGUGAUUUAUUACGUUCUCAUUUCGGAGAUUAUUCAUCAACUGCAGCUGCUUUUUGGAGUUCAUAUGAUCCAACAAACUAUUAUCAAAAUUAUUUGCAAACACCGACAGUAACUACAUCAAGCUUUAUACAACCCUAUUCAUUACCAAAGUGUACUGCAUAA